AUGUGGAAGGUGAUGGUGAUUCCGUCGACGGAGAAGAGGUUUCUGCAACGGAAUCGUCUCGAAAAAGGCAAUCUUUACGGUUUCUAUUGCCGGAAUCGAGGUUUCUCUGGUGGGACUUAUGAUAACAGAGAGAGAUUGAGAAAUGGGUUAGUCCAGGAUUUGAAGUUAGACGAUGCAAUUACCUCGACCUCAAAAGGAGUGAAGCCUGAUGUUGUAACAUACAACAAAGUGAUCUCAGGGCUAUGUUGGAAAGGUUUAAAGGAGGAAGCGUUAAGGAAAAUAAAAGAAGACGGGCCUCUUCCGAAUAGCGUUACUUACAAUACGUUGAUCAGGGCACGCCUUAGAGAUGGUGACAAAGCCGAAUCAGCUGAACUCAUCAACGAAAUGAAGAGAUGCGGUUUUGCCGGACAUGCUUCAACCUUUGGCAUGGUCACUCAUAUGUUACAUGAUGGGAGAUUGGACAAAAGCUGUAAAGCUUUGAGGUUUCAGACAAGAGACUAUGAUGCAAACACUUGUUGUCUUGUUAACUCAAGAAUAGUACUCAAAGUCAGAGAAGCUUAG